GUAUGAGCAAGUGGUUCUUCCUGGUGGAGAGGGUAUUCCUGGUACAGCCUGGUUGAGAAUACUUGUCAAUAGAACAUCAUGGUGGUGACAGCUCAAUAUGAUGCUCCCGCAUACACCUUCGGAGCCCGAUUUCCGACCAGACUUGGAGAGGAUACACCAGGACCUGGAUCCUACGCUAUUAGCAGAGCAAAGGAUGGACCGGCAUACUCCUUAAGCACCAAGACAUAUCAGGGACAAGGUGGAGGGGAUCAGCCUGGACCAGGGGAGUACACAAUCAAGCCUGUCCGAGGGGCGCCGGCCUACACAUUUGGAGCGAGGACGGGCCCAGGUGGAACAGGAGGUUCGAGCUCAUGGGACCGAGCAGGAAGUCCUGGUCCUGGCGCUUACGAAAUUAGGCCGAGAUCUGCAGGGCCCGCGUACUCUAUGCUUGGAAAGGGCCGACCACCAUAUGUUGACUACGCAGCUCCUGGACCGGGAACAUACAACUUCAAGAAAAGCAAGUUUGUACACCUCUCUGCACCAGCAUACACUUUUGGUGGAAAGUUGAAUGCAGAAAGUUAGUAAGGACUUAAGCCAGAGCCAUGGGCACACCUUCGU